GAAACGAGGUGGCUAUGUCUUCUUUCCAUGUCCUAAAAAAUCCGCCGACCACUCGGCGUGACAAAGGAGAUCCAUGCGGCUCUUUGUCGUUGAAUCACACACGACAUGCAGUUCACAAGCCUUCGGUACCGCAUGUGUCGAGCUUUGUAACUGGAGAAGACGAACCUGGGAAACACCGGCUUUCGGCCUCUCUGGCACAGGCUCCCUCAUCUGACAGCAUAAUCCGCGCGCUUGCUGGAAUUGUUCGCCAGUCGUCUACAAUCUCGGCUCUUAAGAAUGCUGUAUCAGCAGGACUUCCUCGAACGAUUAUCUACGGUGUGCAGAAGAUUGCCAAACGGUGGAAGCGGUGAGAGCCAGGACAGCAGGCGUGCUCAUUACCGCGGCACGAUGUGAAGCGAUGAAUCGAUUGGGCAUGCUUCUGACGACCUCCCAAAAUGCGAUCACUUUUUUGUUGAUUCGAGGCUUCCAACUAAAUGUAUUCGCUAGUUUCUGUCGCCGGCGACGACUCCAUGACUGCUAACGUUGGUUGAAAGGCACAAACGCGUCUGUUGAAGCACAGCAUGCAAACAUACGUUUUUGUCGUGUAGUCCAAUAUGCAACUGUGCCUCGGCUACUGUUAUCUUCAUUCUUCACACACAUAUUGAAACAUUAAUUGGUUGUUCCAUCAGAGAGUGAAACCACUCCGGCUUCUUUUAAAUCUCAAAUAUCUACAGGGGGAAUAUCUGCUGGCUGUAACGUUGUUCAGGCUAUUCACUGAGUUGAAUGAUACUCAAAAAGCGACUUUGGCGGGUUCACAAAGAUAAGCUUAAAUUUAAUACUGUACACUGAGUGAAGCAUGCCAAUCUGUAUUUCUCUGAGGCACUUCUUUCUGCACAUAACCCUAGCGGUGCCACCUAGUUGAGUGUGGCGAUGUCAAGUUGUCCUGUCACUACCGUUCUUGUAAUACAUACCCGGCGUCAAGAAUGCUUGGAUUCAACACCUGAUGGUAGUCGUCAUCUGUAGGGCAGACGCUCUAAUCUGUUGUUUUUGUUGAGGCCGACUUUUGAUACGAUACGUCCUACUGUGGAACGGCGUGCAUUGUGAACGAAAUAUCUCGAAUUCCGUACGCUACAACGAAAUAAAACACUCCAAUAUUGUCUCCUUAUCCUCACAAGGUGCAAACAACACUUUUUCCCUGCACCUUCACUACGGCAGUUAGAAGUAUAUUUCCAGAUUUCCAGUUAGCUACGAGUUGAACUAACUAUACUUUGCACAGAGCUACUCUUGAUAAUAUCUGUGUUCUCGCUUUGUAACUUCCCAGCUGGGUUGUUAUGGUGCGG